AUGAGCUACGGAUAUGGUAGAGGACAAGGAUUUUCACAACAAAAUGAUGACGAUUCUAUAUUUGAUAUUGGUUUGAAAGGUAUAGAUCUUAGAGUUGACCUUAACCUGAUGUGCUACCAGAAAGAUUUUCAGACAAAUAAUGAUGAUAGAAAUCAUAGUCGUAGCAGUUCUGCAAACUUUUUUACAAAUCGUCGAUCAAAUUUUUCACGUCCUACUGCAGAAGACAAGUAUUUUGAAGACUGUAAUGAUCGCAACUUUACAAAACCUGGUCGUGGCAGCGGUUUUGAUUCUGGCAACAGUAGUGGUUGGACUGAAAUAGAUCGUAAUUCCUCUGAAUUCUUCAGUGAUUGCCGUCAAAGGCGCGGCAGAUUCCCAUCGGGACAUGAUCACAGAGAUUUUUCAUCGGCCUCAGGUGUUGAAAACGGCAAGACCUCAGAUGGUUUCUAUGGCUCUAAUAAUGUUAACAACUGCCGUGGUGCCGUUUUUGGUCUCAAAACGGGUGAGCUUCGUGGUAAGGGGUUUUUUGGUGCGUCCAACAGUACACUGCACGGUCGUAAAGAAAAUAAAUUCUCAUCAAGAUGCGAUAACAGUUGGGAGUUUUCAAGCGGUUCUUAUCACGACGAUAACUACCGAGAUAAAAUUUCUGAUUGCAGAACUGACGAAUUUCAAAAAAGAAGAUUUGACCCUAGUAAUGCGCUUCGGAACCGUAGAACAAAUAACAGAUUUCCAUCAAAAUAUCACAGUGACAGUUUUUCAGUUCAUGAUAGUAGAAAUGACACUGAUUGGCAAGACUCGGGUGGUUUCUCUCGCAGUGUUCGCACGGAUCAUAAUGCUUUUGACUGGCGUAGAGACACGUCAGACCACUCUCCCAAAUUUAAUUCUGAAAAGUUCGGUGAUGGUUCUAGUGAGGUGUUCCCUAACCAUGAAGAGGGCACUGGGUUCUCAUCCAGACGUGGUAAAAGUUGCGAUUUCUCAAACCAACGCAAUAAUAGUCUCGGUUUUGGUCGCAGAAACUUUGAUUUUGGAAGCGAUCGGCAUAUUGGUUGUGAUAGUUUCGACCGAGAAAAUAGCAAUAAUAUGAAUACCAGUGAUAAUGUCCAGGGUGACAGAUGGCGUAGUGGUUUUUCGAGUAACUUCAAAGGACAAAAUGAUUUUAAUAGUGAAGAAUUCAGUGGUGGCAUCAGAAGAGAUGAAUAUAGACCGAAUAGAGGAGAAAUGAAAAGUUUUCGAGGGUAUUCUCGUUAUCGUGAGGACUUCAGGAACAACCAGGCUCGACAAUGUUCUCGCGAUUACGAUGGUAGAUCAAAGAGAGAGGCUUUUGGAGUUCGAGAUGGGUCUCAGCGUUUUGAAUCACAUAUCCCAAUUGAUCGAAGUAUUGAAGAAAUGUGUAAUGAAGACGUUGAGAAUGCAAAAUACGAGUGCAUUGUCAUGCUGCAAGAAUUUUUUCAGAUCAGAGACUUGGAUCAGGAAAUUACUGUUUCAGGAGUUCCACCGUCACAAAAGGAAAUGGUUUUGAUGGAUUGGAGGAAUGCUGACUUUAGAGAUCUACUGCUCCGUAAUAUUAUUGAAAAAUCAUGCUUCACGUCACCCCGACGUAUCCAGGCAACUGUAGUGCCGUUAAUACAAAAUGGUUGGGACAUAGUUGGUCAUGCAGAAACAGGUAGUGGUAAAACUGCUGCAUUUGUUCUACCAAUUAUCAAUUAUAUUAUGACAAAUGGCGAACCAGCUGACUCAAGAUGCGCCCCAAUUGCUUUGGUACUCGGACCUACUCGUGAAUUGGUCUCACAGCUGUACAAUCAAACUCGAAAAUUCGCUUAUGGGACUGGUGUUACUGUGGCGAAGGCGUACGGGCAAUAUAGAAUUAUGAAUAAUAUCAUGGAGUUAGAAAGAGGAUGUAAUAUUCUGUUUUCAACAAUGGGACGAUUAAGAGAUUUUAUUGUGCAUGAACAGAUAAAAUUGCACAAUAUCAAGUUUUUUGUGUUGGAUGAAGCUGAUCGCAUGCUUAGCGAGAAUUCAUUCCAUUCAGAUAUUAUGUCUCUUGUCCAUAGUCGUGGUUUUCCGUCAAUCGGAGAACGACAAACAUUGCUGUUUAGUGCGACGUUUAGUGACGAAGUCCAGCAGUUAGCCAAAGAAAUUUUGAAAAAGAGUCAUGCUUUCGUUUCUAAUGGCAAAGUUACUGCAGCGAAUCCGCUCGUAGAGCAAAAUUUUGUUGAGGUUACGUCUGAAAACAGGUUAGAUAAACUAUUACAAUUAUUGGAUGAAGAUAAAGCUGUCAAUGACGAAAUAUCACGUACUUUAGUUUUUGUUCAGCAGAAACAAAUGGCUGAUAUUAUGGCUUUAAAUCUUGUUCAAAAAGGAGUACUUGCAAGUAGCAUAAGUGGAGCUCGAAUUCAAAAGCAGCGUGAAGAAGCCUUGUCCGAUUUUCGCAGAGGCUCUAUCCGUGUUCUUGUAGCCACUGAUGUGUGUGCUCGUGGGAUUGACGUCUCAGACCUCGAACAUGUGAUCAAUUAUGACUUGCCUAAAAACAGAGUAACUUAUGUUCAUCGUAUCGGUCGGACGGGUCGCCUUCAUCGAGGGAAAGCGACAACAUUCAUCGAUGUACAGAAGCCUAAUGUCAGUUUAAUUGCAGAUAUUGUUCAGGUAGUUCGGGAAGUUGGACAAAUUCCUCCAGAUUUUUUGCUGGAUAUUGUUAAUGCACCGCAUCGAUUCGGUAGUGUAGUUUCAAAUUCUUUCAGUGCUUUUCCAAAUGCAAAUGGAAGUAAUUUUGAUUUGGAUUUUGGGAGUAGCGCCAUGAAAUUUCCCUGGGAAAAUGAUGCUGAUAGUGGUAAUAAUAACAACUUUGGAGACGAAGUUACUACUAACGAAGUUAAUGAUAGUAUUACCAUGGAUAAUGAUGCUGUUGUCAAUAACUUUAUUACUGGUAAUAGUGGUGCCAUAAGUAGUGACAGUAUUGCACAGCCAGAUAAUAUCAACCUUGAAUCGCAAGAAGACUGUUCUGUAGAGAUCGAAAAGAAAUCAGGUGAAUUGCUUAUUAUAAAACCAGGGAGAUUAACGACUUCAAAUUCGACUAAGCAGAUUAGAGAAAUAGGGAUUUGCGAUUAA